AUAACACGCUGUCACGUGACUGUACGGAAGCAGAGGGGCGAAGUGCGAUACAAGAUCUAAACAGACGACAAGAUGGCAUCUCAUCCAGGAGGAGACGACCCAGGAAAUUCCAAAGAUCGGACACUGGAAGUGGGAACUGAAUUACUCAAGGAUUUCAUCUACCAGCGGGUUCAGAGACAGAGAGACGGCAAUACUUCAGUGACCAGGGCACAGCUGGGUGGAGGAGAUCAGCUUGACCCCAGACACAAGAAGCUCGCCCAGUGUCUGCAGCAGAUCGGAGACGAGCUGGACGGAAAUGUGGAGCUCAACAAUAUGAUAAAUAGCUCCGCACUCAGUCCCACCAAAGAAAUAUUUCUGAAAGUUGCCAUCGAGAUCUUUUCGGAUGGAAAAUUCAACUGGGGCAGGGUGGUCGCACUCUUCUACUUUGCCUGUCGACUUGUCAUGAAAGCUGUUGUGAACCAAGUUCCAGAUGUCAUUAGAACCAUCAUCAGCUGGACCACGGAUUACCUCCGUGAAAAUGUGAUCAACUGGAUCAGGGAGCAAGGUGGCUGGGAAGGUAUUGGUUCCUACUUUGGCACUCCUACAUGGCAGACGGUGGGAGUUUUCUUGGCUGGGGUUCUCGCCACUGCUCUGGUCCUUCGAAAGAUCUGAGGUGUUUAUGGAGAGCAGACGGGAGAAAGACAGGAGGGACUACGACGACUGUGGGAAAUGUGGACAGGAACAAAAACACGAAAGAACAUUGGAAUGACCACAGAAGGAAAUGAUGGCAGAGCUGAACAGGAAUAACCUGUUGGACAACGAGAACCAUCUCUGCAGCACUUUCAUGUCUAAGGAUGUCUUGGAGUUUGACUUAAAGCAGUCUAUUACCCAUGAUUCCUAUGCCACUGAGGAAGUGAGCUCGGCAUAAUCACAUGCACAAAAUGUGGUGGGUGGAGAGUUUGUCAGACCUAAACAGGGAAUGCGAUUUUAAGUAAUUUAUUUUUUAUUUGGUACAGAGAAGAAGAGUCACUGCAUUCUGUGUCCUGACCGAACAGUUAUAUGGUCUGAAAGUUUCUCAAUAUUCAAAGGAUUUUCCUUUCUCCAUUAUUUUUCAUAGUUUUGUUUUUGUUCCGUUCAACUUGCUUUUCUGAUCUUCCAGCUCUCUCCAUCCAUCUCAUUCCUCAUAGUGUCUGUAGCUUCUGAGUCCUGCCAAUCUUCUCAUGUAUUUGUGAGUGUUUACUGGUGUAAAUCUGUAGUGAUCUGCUGGCAAUGAAAGUGUUAGAGGGCGGUUGCAUUCCAAUCAAGACAAUGCGAUAUUUUUGUAAACAACCAUCAGAUACCUCCCCCAUUGCUAAUUGUUAAUUAUAUAUAGCCACACCAAAUUUCAAAAUAUGUAAUAUAAUCCCAAAUAUGCUUGAUUUUUUCCCCCCCCUCAAAAUCCAUGAAUUUAUCUCAGUGGUGGUGAAAAAUCCUGGAUUCGCCACUUUGUCUGGAUCCUCGCUAAAAUGUAAUGGGUUCUUUCUUUGCCAAUGUCUCACCCUUCCACCAGGUUCAGUGGAAACCUGUUCAAUAGUUUUUGCAUAAUCCUGCAGACAGGAGUCAAAACAUAACCUCCUUGGAGGAGGCAACAAUUGGGUUGAAACAACCUUGAGUAAUUCCCCCCCUUUCUACCAGUGAAGGCACAGCUUAGCCUUAUUUCAGUGAAUAAGAAAAAAGUACCACAGCAAAAGGGAUAUUACAAUUGUGACAAUUCAAUACCUAUUGUGUGUUACCUAUUGUCUAAGGCCAUUUCAACCAGCAUUGUGAUGACAAUGUGGCUCCCAGUAAGAUGAAAUUCUAUUUCCAUGCCUCAUGAACUGAUGUUUCCUGAACUCAAUGGAAGACGUUGCACUGCAGCCACAGAAAGCACUGGAUCGCUCACAGAUACUUACCUCACUUUAUACAUAUUCAGAGUACUGUAUUGUUAUCUGAGUUCUUCGAUCCUCAAUCUUCUCGACAUAGCAACAGGCUUUUUAUACAUUUUUCUUGUUUGUCAGUGCCUUGGUGUUUUCUUUUUUUUUAAACUCUGGAAUCAAUUUUUGAUAAUCUCAAAUUUUCACGUUUUUCUAUCACGUUUGUAAAAGCUGAAAUUAGUUUAAAGUCUCCCUGAUAAUCUUUUUGCAGUGACGUAUGUUACAAUACUGAAAAUAAAUCUUUUUAACUCUUA